CAUCACCCAGCAACUUUUGCAACCAACAACCCGCGGUGACCCCACGGGCUAGAAUCAAUAGCCAAGUCUCAAUGUAAUGCUAAUGAGGCUAGGCAACCGACCAUGUUAUUUGAGCGCUUCGGCAGAUAGUAUCCGCCAGGGAGCAGCGCAUGUUGUUACACGAGUUCCGGGUUCCUGUUUGGUUCCCGCCUCCCGCUUGUUCCAUCCAGUCGGUUGCUCUCGGAACUUCGGGGCCUUUUCCACGUGGUGGCGCGGUGAAUAAGACUGCCACAUGCCUCCUCCGUCCCAGGAACCAGUGAACUCCGUGAUCACCUCACCCUUCAUUCACGGUCCCCCCUCUUAGUCAGACCCGACCCGAGCAGUCGGUUGGCUGCGUCCGUUCUUUCCCAUCCGAGCCUGUCCCCCACGCGUUCCCGACUCCCCAGCACGAACAAUGGUCUUCACUCUGAGAUUCGCGGGUGGUCUGCUCGCCGCUGCCACCGCCGUCUCGGCCACUUCGUGGCUCCCGGAUAUCGUCACCAGGGAUGUUGCCAUCAUCGGUGGUGGCGCCAGCGGUGCCUAUGCCGCCAUCCGGCUGAAGGAGGACUUCAAGAAGAGCGUUGUCGUCGUUGAGAAGGCCGACCGCAUGGGCGGCCAUGUCUCGACCUACGACGACCCCAAGACGGGGACGCCGUAUGACUUUGGCGUGCAGAGCUUCAAUGACUACGGCCCGGCCAGCGCCUUCUUUGAGCGCAUGGGCGUGGCCGUCGGCGCCGCCCCCCGCGUCGCCCUGACCUCCAAGUACGCCGACUUCAGCUCGGGCGCCGGCGUCGAGUUCACCCCUCCCGCCAACGAGGACCGCGUUGCUGCCCUGGGCCGCUUCCUCAAUGCCACCGCCGCGUACGAGGAGUACUUCCUGCCAGGCUACUGGAAGUUCCCGGCCCCCGGCAAGAUCCCCGAGGAUCUGCUCAUGCCCUUCGGCAAGUUCGUGGAGAAGUACCAGCUCCAUGCCGCCGUCAACCAGGUCUUCCAGAUCACAGGCAUGGGCACCGGCGACAUGAUGAACGCCCUGACCCUCUACGUGCUGGGCGCCUUCGGCCAGCCCAUGAUCCGGGCCUUCCUUGGCCAGGGCGCCACUUUCACGCCCACCAGCCGCCGCAACAUCGCCCUAUACGAGGCCAUCCAAACCCGCCUAGGCGACGACGUCCUCCUCAACACGGUCGUCCAACACUCCCUCCGCACCUCGCUCGGCCACACCCUCUGGACCAAGUCCGCCUCGGGCAAGGUCACCAUCAUCCUGGCGCGCCGCCUGCUCAUGGCCAUCGAGCCGACGCCGGCCAACAUGGCGCCCUUCGGCCUCGACGUAGUCGAGCAAUCGGCCUUCUCCAAGUUCCGCUACUCGACCAUCCACGCGGGCAUCGUGUCGCACCCGUCGCUGCCGCGCGACACCUCCCUCGUCAACACGCCGCGCGCCGCCAGCCCGGCCAACUACGUGGCCCUGCCCAAGCCCGACUUCAACGUGCGCUUCGACCACAUGGGCGGCGGCUCCGACCUGUUCCGCGUGCUCAUGGUCGGCGACGCGGGCUUCUCCAAGGAGAAGGCCCAGGAGCGGGUGCGCCAGGACUUUGCCCGCCUCGUCGCCAAGGGCACGGUGGGGCCCAAGACGGCCGACCCGGCUGGCGAGCUCGAGUUCCGCGCCUGGGCCGACCACGGCGCCAUGCACAUGAACGUGCCCGCCAAGGAGUUGAAGAGCGGGUUUAUUCAGAAGCUGUACGCCCUGCAGGGCCGGCGCGAGACUUGGUGGACGGGGGGCGCGUUUAGCGUGCAGUUUCAGGCGAUUCUGUGGGCGUUUGAUGAUGUUUUGCUGCCGAAGAUGUUUGAGAAGGGCGGGCGGUAGCUGGUUGGUGGUCCGGGGCGUUGGAUGUUGUGCAGAGGUAUCUAGGAUGGUGUCAUGGUGUGCUGUGGCCGUGUAUAUACGUGUCGUACCUGAUAAUGUGAACAUAUGGUAAACACCUUCUUCUGCCCGCAGUCCCCAGAUUGUG